AUGGGCUUUGACCACGUCGACUUUCUAGCAAUUAGCUUUGUCUUCCAUUCACCGGAUACACUGAACCAUCGAUUCAAAGCAGCGACUAUCCGCGCCUCGCUUUACAGCCCGCCCAUACGCUACAGCUCACACCACGACAGAUUAAAGAGAAACUCUAGAUCUGGAUCAAGAUGCAGACCUCUUCACCCGCGCUUCCUAAUGCACGCCCCGCACCUCCUUUACGGCUCCAUUUCCCCCGAAACCAUGCAGUGGAGCUAUAGCCUCUCUGGCACGCUCGGCAUCGCACAACUCCCACUGAUCGCCUCCCUAACCCCUUCAACAGGCCUCAACGGCCAGUUCCGGCGCUUCGAGAUGAUGCGUAUCCAGGGCUCCGCGCGUACUCUCGAUGACGACGACGGAAACACCAGGCCAGCCGCUCAAAUCGUUUGGACCUUUGAGGAAAACAGCCUCCAGCGCUCUGGGUUACCUCGCGAAUUCACCUUUGCCAUGUUGAUUGCGAAACCGAGUCCCUGCACCCGCGUGGUCUUGGAUCUAGAGAUUGAGCCCAUACUACAGAGUUGGUUUGGGGCAUAUCCGGCUUGGUGGUUGGCGUUGUGGAAGAGGUAUCGAGCUGUUCAGAGGAGAAGAAUGGGACAAGCGUGCAAUGGUUCUGGUAUAGACUUUCGAGCAAGAGUGGGACAGAGGUUCGAGCCUGUUAUGUCUAGAAGGGGCUUCAAUUUCGCCACGCUCGUCGGCGGAUUUGAUGAGUUCGUCAGUUUGGCUGGGAGGAGAGUGCUGUUGAAUAUCCCCGGCGAAAACUUCCAAGAUGACACCGGCGGAGCACCUCCAAUACCCCCGCCACAACCACAACCACAACCGCAGCCGCAGCCAUUUCCAUAUCCAAUGCCAUACCCCGGCUUCGGCUACGGCUACCCGAAUCAAGAAGGCCCACAGGUUACGGUCCCACUGGCUCGAGAAGCGGAACCAGGAGCAAGACCAAGAGACCGAGUCCGAAAGGAACCGCCCUCAUCCUCAUCCGUACAGGCACGCGCACAUUCCCAUUCGUAUGAGCGCACUGGGACUGGCAGUCAUAAUGGCAGAAGCAAUCGGAGUGGAGGAGGCAGUGGUGCUAGAAGGAGGGAGCACCUAGAUCAGUACUGA